CUGUUGACUUGUUGUAUCUUUAGUAAAGUUAAUCGUACAAGUGAGCCGCUUCUAAAAUUGCACAAUGUUUUCUUAUUUUAUUUUCAAUGAUUCCGGUGUUUCAUAUAUGAAUUGAUAUAAGUAUUCAUUUAAAAUUCAUCUUUUUGUUUGUAUACAAAAAUAUUUUUAUUCUUAAAACUUGGUACUAUAGACAUACAGGUUCUUUAUUUCUAAACCUUUCCCGAUCCACGACGAACAACCUCUUAAAAUUUCAUCAAUAUUAGUUCAGCCGUUCUCUUAGCGUUGCUAACGAACAAACAUUCAUUCGUUUGUAUGAGAAAAAGAAAAGGGCUGUUUUCAGGGGUUUUCCGGCAAUUAUUCGAAUUUUUUUCUCCGCAUAAACCAUCUCUGAACCUCAACGAACAUUUUAAAAAAAGAAUUAUCAAAUUGGGUUCAGUCGUAUGAAAGUUAUGAGCGUACAGUAGUAUCUCGAUAGACCGGACACCCUUUAGUCCGGACACCUCUAUAAUCCGGACAUUGCUAUUACCCGGACAGUUUUAUAUUUUUUACUCUUUAAUCCGGACGCUACAAAAAAUGCAGACUUUUGUUUCUCUUUUCCCUUUGGUAUUAUGAUUUUUACUUUGCGUUGUGAGUUUUUGCUGCAGCAGUUCGAAGAAUAUCGGUACUUUAACGAAAAAAUGUGCGUAUAUACAUAUGUAUUUAUUCCAAGAAUGAUAUUAUUCUCUACACGGCGGUGCACCAUUUGUUUAUUCAUAGUUCGUGAAGUGGCACAGUGACUGGACUUGCAUUGAAUUUCUUUGUUAUUAAAAUGAACGGCAGACAAAUAAAUAAAAGAGCUCAUAAAACCCUAUCUAUUCAGAAAAAAUGUGAAAUAUUAGAUCGCCUUGAUGAAGGAAAAUCAAUUAGAUACGUUGCAGAACAAUUUCGGGUAACAAAAUCUACUGUAUUUGACAUUAAAAAGAAACGUUAUGCUAUCAGAAAGUAUGCGUCCAACUGUGUGCAGAAACCAGGUUAGUUAAAGUGGAACCAAUUUUGGUUUCCAAAUUUAAUAACUUAGUGGUAUUUCUCAGAAAAAAGGCAGACCAUGAGACUAGGGGAACAUCCGGAUAUGGAGAAGGCCUUAAUGACUUGGUUUGUUCAACAGAGAAACCAGAAUAUUCCUAUAUCAACCGAAAUGAUUCAACACAAAGCAAAAUAUUUCUAUAAUCAAAUAACUGGCAAAAAUGAUUUUGGGCCAAGUUUGGGGUGGAUUUCAAAUUUUAAAGCACGACAUGGCAUAAGGAAAUUAAAAAUUUGUGGUGAAAAAGUAAGCAGUGAUGUUUCUGCAGUGGAACCAUUCAGGCAAAAAUUAAAAUCUAUUAUAAAAGAAAUAGACCUAGACCAUGACCAGAUUUAUAAUGCAGAUGAAUCGGCAGCCUUUUGGAAAGUUAUUCCUGCAAAUACAUUGGCGCACUCGCAAGAAAAAUCUGCAUCUGGUCGAAAAAUUUCAAAGGAUCGGAUAACUUUUAUGCCUUGUUGCAAUGCAUCUGGCACACAUAAGCUACCCCUUUUGGUAAUAGGGAAAUCAACUAAUCCACGAUCAUUUAAAAAUUGCAAUGUGCCUGUAACUUAUAAAGCAACUAAAAAAGGUUGGAUGUCAACGUUCUUAUUUACUGAAUGGUACAGGAAAUAUUUUAUACCGGAUGUAAAAAAAUUUUUGCAAGACAAUAAUAGACCAUUAAAAGCUAUUUUACUAAUCGGCAAUGCUCCAUGCCACCCAAGAUCAGAAGAUAUUGACAUAGACACUAAUUUUCGAAUUGUCUUUCUUCCACCCAAUUGCACAGCAAUCAUACAGCCUUUAGAUCAAAAUUUAAUUCAAAAUGUUAAAGUGUCUUACAGAAAACAACUUUUGAAUUAUCUUCCAAUUGAUAAUACAGAUAUUGGAAUUGCAUUAAAAAACUUUACGCUACGAAAUUGUGUCACACUUUUAAACAAUGCGUGGUUAGGUAUAUCACAGCAGAAUAUUGUACGCAGUUGGAACCAGUUGUUGUGCAGUGACCGACAAGAAUGGAUGGAGGAAGAUUUGAUACCUCUGGCUCAACUUACAGCCGCUAAUUCAGACAUGAAUGAAAUUCAUACCAUCAUCGCUUCAACAAAUCUGGACGCUCAAGUUGAUACUCAAACCAUAAAUGACUGGGCCACUGGAAGAGAUUUUUUUUUUUUUGUUUUUUUUAAUAUUUCAUUUUAUUUACAAUCUGUCGUGUGACAAUAAGCAAAUUUUAUUAUAUCUAAGAUUCAAUUUGAUGCUAAAAUUGCAAUUUGUCCCUUAAAUACAUAAAGGCAUUUGAAGUAUAAGAUUUGUACUAUAUAUGUAUCACAAUUCACUUAAUUUAGUAUUAUAUAUACUUUACAAUUUUAUUAAUUCAGUUAAACUUAAGAUCUAAAUGGUAAGUCUAAGGGAUGUAGCCUUUGCAGUCGGCGAGUAUCUUCACUGUUGUCCAGUAGGUUAAUGGCAUGUAUGUUGGGGUGGCAGUUUAGGCGAUUAAGAUAUCUUGAACUGAGUUUCUGAAUCUCGCUCUUCACCAUAUUUAUUUCAAGAUCUUUGUGUAAGUUAAUAUUUCUGAUGUACCAUGGAGCGUUUGCAAUCAACCUGAGUGUUUUCGACUGAUAUCUUUGUAUUACUUCUACGUUCGAUUUACUUGCAGUUCCCCAGAUUUGUAUUCCAUAUGCCCAAAUCGGUUUUAGAAUGCUUUUAUAACUGGAAGAGAUGAAUACGAAUACGAUUUUUCUGAUCGGGAAAUUGUGCAGUCUGUGUUAGAAAACGAUAAUAUUGAGGAAAAUGGUUCUGACUCUGACUAUAGCAUAGUUGAAGUGGAAAAUAAAAUCAGUAGUAGUGAAGCAAAAAGUAUUUUUUCCAAAACGAUUCAGUGGGCAGAACAAAUUGACGCUUCGGCUAUGGACAUUUUAACUUUAAAACGCUUAAAGGAAACUGCAGAUAAAAUGUUUAGAGAAAACUCUAAACAGACCAAAAUUGAUACUUUUUUUCAA